GUAGUAGACCAUCAUGCGUGUGUUUGCUAUGAACGCCAGCAGCAGGACAGUUGAGCAGAUAUUCAGCACGAGACCUUAUUUACUGUAAACAGUCGUAGUCAGUGCCUGAUAGAGAGAGAGAGAGAUAGAGAGAGAGAGAGAGCGAGAAAGAGACUUUACUGUUAUGCUUUUUAAUGGCUCGUUGCUUUUGAACCUGUUCAUGAUAGUGCGAUGACGUUUCACCAACCCGGAAAUAGCAGUUAGACAGCUAAGAGAGAGAAGUAAAUCAGUCUUCCCGAAGCUUAGGCGUCGGAACUGGACUUCUAAACGUCUCUCGCACAUUUACACGUCAAGUGUGAGUUGCAGUGCAGGACUGCGACCUUGGCCAAGUGCCUGGGUGGCUCUUCCUCCCCUCACCUUCCUCUGCUCAUCUGCUGGGAGCUGAGUUUAAGCUGUAAGCAGACACGCACGGUUGGCACGAGGCACCGAAGCACAGGGAUUCCCGUAACUCACAUGCACUGUGUGGGUGUGUGUGUGGCAAGGCUUGCGGUUGGUGAUGACAUCUGGUAGGGUGUUCUCGGGCAGGAAAACCACACAGCCUGUCUGGAGAGGGGCAAAGAGGGGGAAGGUGGCAGAGUGGCACAUCUGGGUCCUGGCACCACUUGGUGAGAGAGAAAACGACAAAGCAAAAAAGGCGCCACAUUUUGGAUGGGAGACUCAAGAGGUCAUAAUAUGCCUCGGUCCACUUGUACCUGUCAUGGGGAACCUCCUAAAAGUUUUGACGUGUACAGACCUUGAUGAAGAGCCCAACUUCUUCCUCGAUUUUGAAAAUGCACAGCCCACGGAUGCAGAGCGAGAGACAUGGAAACAAGUGGAUGUGGUCCUAAAGGAUGCUCGAGCGGUUCUCGAUGAACUUCAAUCCUAUAACGGAGCUGUGAAGGAGAUAAGAGAGGCAAUCCAGAACCCCAGUGAUGAGGCGUUGCAGGACCAGGCUUGGACUGCGGUCCUGCCCCUUGUGGGCAAACUCAAAAAGUUCUAUGAGUUCUCUCAGAGAUUAGAAGCAGCACUGCACAGCCUGUUAAGAGCCCUGACCAAUGAGACGUACAGUGACGCCACACAGCACCUGGAGCGCGAGCAGGCCCUUGCCAAGCAGUUUGCUGAGAUCCUGCAUUUCACACUCCGCUUUGACGAACUGAAGAUGACAAAUCCUUCCAUCCAGAACGACUUUAGUUACUACAGGAGGACUCUGAACCGUAUGAGAAUUAAUAAUGUCCCAGCAGAAGGAGAAAACGAGGUCAACAACGAGCUAGCCAAUAGAAUAUCUCUAUUUUAUGCAGAUGCCACACCCAUGCUGAAGACUUUGAGUGAUAGCACAACAAAGUUUGUAUCUGAGAACAAGAACUUGCCUAUUGAGAACACGACAGAUGUGUUGAGCACCAUGGCAAGUGUGUGCAAAGUCAUGCUAGAGACACCUGAGUACCGUAGCCGUUUCAGCAGUGAGGCCACUGUGUCGUUCUGUUUGCGCGUCAUGGUGGGCGUCAUCAUCCUCUAUGACUAUGUACAUCCUGUUGGUGCUUUCGCAAAAUCCUCCAAAAUAGACAUGAAAGGAUGCAUUAAAGUUCUCAGAGAUCAGCCCCCAAACAGUGUGGAAGGCUUAUUAAAUGCUCUCAGGUACACGACAAAGCAUCUGAAUGACGAAUCGACUGCUAAGACCAUUAAAAGCAUGUUGCAGUAAGCAGCAGCUCGGGGAUACACACCACUGGCCUCACACAAGUGUUCAGGGGACACACUCCCUCCCGAGCAACAGCAAUGCACAGAAUGUUUUUCCCUUUUUUUUUAAGUCAAAAUCAGACAUACCAGUAGGACUCUUAACUCUUUUUUAAAAGUGCAUGCUAUUGGCAUUUGGUGUUUCUUUUUGUGCCAAAUCACUUUUUGCUAAAAUCUUGGUUUUAACACAUACAGCCAUACUUAUGAUGGCAGCUAUGUUAUGGAAAAAAAAAUAUUUUUGUGAUUAUUAGAAUAAUUUUGUUUCCCUAUAAACGGGAGGGAGAGUGUUUUUGACUUGAAAAUUAAAAAAAAAACAUACAGUAUAUUGACAGAGAAAUAUAAAUAUAUAUUUUAUUUUGUUUGAAUUAAUAUUUAAUAUCAUGUCCUCUGCAUGACAUAAUGUCGUAUUUAAGGAAAAAACAAAAAUAACAACUAGUGUUUCAAAAUUGUCUGACUGCUUGGUUGUGUGCAAGUUCCAAAAAAAAAAAAAAAGAAUUUAAAUUAUGUUUUGCUAUUAAAAUGGUACUAGUCAAAACUGAGGUUUUCAAAUGGUAGUAAUGUUUAAAUUUUAUAUUUUUUAUAGGUUUUGAUUUAUGAUUUUUCAUGGCUGUGAUUGUUUUUCUCCUUUGAAAACUAGCUUAACCAUUUCUGGUGAAUUAAAAAGUGAGUUCUUGAUGUAUGAUUACAUGAAAUGUGAUGUUUAAAAAACAAUUAAAAGAUGCUUUCAUUUUUGUAA